CCGAGUGUGUGCGCCGCCCGCGGUCCGGUCACGUCCCCGCGCGGGUGUCGUCGCCCGCGUCGUGCGGAACGAGGAGGCUGCGGCCCGCGCUCGCCGCCCCGCCCUGCCCAGAUCAGCUCGGCAGAUGCACGGUGCCGCGGCCGGGAGGUGAAAGGCCGGAUGCAACGCAGGGAGCCGGAGCAGCCUGAGGCAGGGGGGCCACCAGGAGUGCAGGGCCCUCCAGCCGCGCUUAGCAGCAUCUCCACAGCAACCAGCAACCAGACGGCAGCAGCCUAGGCAGACGCAAAAGGACUACUUCCCACCGUGGCCAAGGAAUGACAACGGCAAAUCAGGCCACAGCGCUGACAAGGGAGGUGGAGUGUCACUAGAAGGGAGGGUGCGGCCACCGCCCCACUGCACAGAGCGCCAUGCUGGCUGGAGAAGAGGCACUGGGGCAGGGGCUGCAGUGUGUCACAGUAUUGACCACAGUUUUGCCUUGAACACUCCCAAAGCACCUGGCUCUUGUCUGCUGGGCACACCAGCCCACAUUUCAGCAUCCCUCAUUGCAGCCGUCCCUACUUGGUGGCCAGAGGGAGAGGCGCACAGUCAGUGCUCCCACAUCUGGGUCUGCCGCUGCCGGACCAUGGGAUGUCGGCAAAGCUCAGAGGAGAAAGAGGCAGCGCGGCGGUCCCGAAGAAUCGACCGCCACCUGCGCUCAGAGAGCCAGCGGCAGCGCCGCGAGAUCAAACUGCUCCUACUGGGUACUAGCAACUCAGGCAAGAGCACCAUAGUCAAACAGAUGAAGAUCAUCCACAGUGGUGGCUUUAACCUGGAGGCUUGCAAGGAGUACAAACCCCUCAUCAUCUAUAACGCCAUUGACUCGCUGACCCGCAUCAUCCGGGCCCUGGCUGCCCUCAAAAUUGACUUCCACAACCCAGAUCGUGCGUAUGAUGCAGUGCAGCUCUUUGCACUGACUGGUCCAGCCGAGAGCAAGGGAGAAAUCACACCUGAGUUGCUAGGCGUCAUGCGGCGGCUGUGGGCUGACCCUGGGGCACAGGCCUGCUUUGGUCGCUCGAGCGAGUACCACCUGGAGGACAAUGCGGCCUACUACCUGAAUGACCUGGAGCGCAUCGCCGCACCAGACUACAUCCCCACCGUGGAGGACAUCUUGCGCUCCCGGGACAUGACCACAGGCAUUGUGGAGAACAAGUUCACCUUCAAGGAGCUCACAUUUAAGAUGGUGGAUGUGGGUGGGCAGAGGUCGGAACGCAAAAAGUGGAUCCACUGCUUCGAAGGUGUCACAGCCAUCAUCUUCUGUGUGGAGCUCAGUGGCUAUGAUCUGAAGCUCUAUGAAGAUAACCAGACGAGUCGAAUGGCAGAGAGCCUGCGCCUUUUUGACUCCAUCUGCAACAACAACUGGUUCAUCAACACCUCACUCAUCCUCUUCCUGAACAAGAAGGACCUGCUGGCGGAGAAGAUCCGGCGCAUCCCGCUCACAGUCUGCUUCCCGGAGUACAAGGGCCAGAACACGUAUGAGGAGGCCGCCGUGUACGUCCAGCGGCAGUUUGAGGAUCUGAACCGCAACAAGGAGACCAAGGAAAUCUACUCGCACUUCACCUGCGCCACCGACACCAGUAACAUCCAGUUUGUCUUUGACGCUGUGACAGACGUCAUAAUACAGAACAAUCUCAAGUACAUUGGCUUAUGCUGAGGAGCCAGGCCUGUCUGGCUUGCCUGUGGUGAAACCCACGGGGUGUUACACCCCGACUCGUGCUAGAGAGGCCCAACUCAAGGGCAGAAAAUGGGGGGGCCUGAAGAAUGUCAUCCCCCCCGUCCCUUGGCCUUGGCCUCCUUGGCCUCAGGUUUCUGCAAACAAAUAUAUAUGGAUAGAUUGCUAGGUAGGUAGCCACACAGGCGCACACACACACACACACACACACACACACACACACAAAUCUGGAGAUGUCAAAGUUCUCCAAAGCAUUGAGGUCUCUUGAGGACAUAGGAAGCUACUGUCACAAGUUCACUCCAAGGCCAUUCUGUCCCUUCACUCUGCCUUCUUGAAUUGGCCCCAGUCUGCAUGGGGUCCGCGUUGGACUUCUGGGGAAAGGCGGCAGGGUCUGGGCUAAGUUGAGCCAGUGGUGCCCAUCACUCAGAAGAAGGCCAGCUCACCACCCAAGUGCUGGACUGGGGACCUUGCCACUGAGCAGUAGUGAGGAUCAGAGCAGGGAUGUGUCCCUUCCCUGCUUGGCCGCAUCUGACACCAUAGCCUCUCUGCACAGUGUUUGUCUCAGACCUGGGACCUAAGGGGCCAGGUUAACAGCACUAACCAGAUCUCCAGCCACUCCCAACUGGUUUUAAACAGCUUCAAAAUAUGCAGCGAAAAUCCACACAAGCAAAUGAGUGGCACAUAUUCCUUCAAACUAGGCCAGCUGGCUUUCCAGCUUUUCUUCUACUAGUCUGAUGUUUUAUAAACCAAAACCUAGUUUUUCUUCUCUGACAUCUUUUUUUUUUUUUUUUUUUUUUUUGCCAAAUCUUGUGGUAGUUCACAGAACUACAGAAAUUUCCAAUGCAAUUGAGUAUUCUUUUUUAAAUGCAGAUUUUCAAAAUAUAAUUUUUUUCAGGUGGUCCUUUUUGUGUCUGGCUUGCGGAGUAUAAAAGUUGUUAUCUGGAUGAUUCUGUCCCUCUGCUCCAAAGAAUUAUGGGGUGAAUGGCCGUCCUGUGCCACCUUGUGGGACACUUGUAUAUAAGCCUCUGCAGUGUCCUCUUGUUAUUGGUGCAGUUUCCUGCUUUGUUUUUAUUUAAGAAAAAUAAAUGUGACGUAUUUAAAGAAAGGUUCUUCACCUAGGAGCGAAUGAACAAUAGCUAAAUGUCUUGGUAUUUAAAGCGUAAAUUAUUUGUGGCUUUGCUGAAUGAAGGAAGGGGAGGCGAGAGAUGGCGCUUCCCCACCCCACUUCCCCGGUCCCUGCCUGCCCCCAGCCGUCCACAGGCUGGGAGCUGCUACUCCUGUGAAGGCCUAGUCAGUGUUGUGGCCUGAGGGAGGCCCUGCUGGGACCAUGUACUCUGGGCCUUCCCAUCCUGUCCCAGGGCCCUUGGACACUGGCCUUGAAAGGACCUUGGCCCAGGGCCCCAUGUAAAUACGCCUCCCAUCCCCCUGCUGCUGAGAAAGGGAGGUUCCCACCAGAGCCCUUGCCAGAGCUCCUCUCCCCUUGUUCAGUACCCAUGUGUCCAAGGGCAGUGAGCAGAAUCACAGCCAAGGACUUGAAGAGAGAUACAGAGGGAAAAGAGGAGCUGGUGACCAUAUGAAAGUCAAAGAUUGUCUACUUUAAGAAAAU